AUGCAAUCCACAUCACCACCCCCACCACCACCAUACGCCUCGAAGCACACGAUAAUUGCCGCACCGCCUGCCGUCUCAAAUCGUUCUGGUGUCACCCCUCUCCUCUCACCCACGAGCAAGUCGCCCUCGCCUGAUCCCUCGGGUCAUCGAGUCUCCACUGCUCUCAACAUCACCUUCUCGCCACCCCCCGCAAGUGACGGAAAUUGCGCCUUCGAGUUUGCGCAGCCCCGACGUCACGUCGUUCAACGUGUCUCCACUCCCCCAUCACCACCAGUGAACACCUCUGGCUCUAGCCAGGCUGCGUUGACUGUCAGUGUCACUCCCGCUGAAUGGAAGCCCGGCCGCUUGAUUCAUCACCGAACGCUGUCGCUCGCCUACAGUCGUUACCGCUGUCGUCUUAUGACAUGGUUGCUGCCUAUGAAUAAUUUGGGAAACACACACUUUCUAGUCCACGUGUGUCUUUUUCCGCCCUCCACCUCUGACGCCCUACACCACCAUCCCGUGGUUCUGCGUCGCUCUCCAUCUAGCGCCACUGCAACAUCUAAUCCUUCUACUUCCUCCUAUUCUUAUCCCACUCUAGGCAUCUGUUCGAAGUGUGGUUCUCGUAUCACCAAUGUGGCAACGGCGUGUCAGGCUCUGGGAUGCUUCUACCAUGACAAGUGCUUCGACUGUUGCAUUUGUCAACGAACUCUUCGUGGGAAGACAUUUUACAAGGACCAGGAUAAAAUCUACUGUGAAGAGGACUACCUUUGCUGGGGAUUUCAGCAGAUGGCUGAAAAAUGCACCGUCUGUGAUCAUAUCAUUGCUCAAACUAUCGUGCGCGCGAUGGGCAAGUCCUACCACCCGGGCUGCUUUCGUUGCACUAUCUGCAACAAAGGCAUGGAAGAAGAACCCUUCACCGUGGAUCAGGAGGGGCACAUUUUCUGUCUCUACGAUUUCUAUCUUGCCACGGCACCCACCUGCGCUGCUUGCGCCAAUCCCAUCCUCCCCGAGUCGACCGCUGAUGAAGUACUCCGUGUGGUUGCGAUGAACAAGGAGUUCCACAUCGAGUGCUAUCGUUGCGAGGACUGUGGCCUGUUGCUCUCCAACGAGGUUUCUUCGCGUUGUUAUCCCUACGUGGAGACUGAAGAGGGCGAGACGCCUGGACGCACUCACCUUUUGUGCUUAAAAUGCCAUCUGGCACGCAUCGGUGCAACUCCAGCGCCGGGGCAGAACCUGGACGCGUUGCCACUGCAACACCGACGUCGGAGCUCUAAUGGCUCCUCCUCCCUCGCCUCAUCGUGCGAUCUGGGGGUCCCGGGCUCCGUUUCUCUCACUCAUAGCAGUGGAAGUGGUGAGAGAUCCUCACCAUACUCUACCGAAAGACGGACGGUUUCGAAGCCCUGGUCCUCCACCGUUCGACAGGGGUACUAUAGCACUGAGAGCGAUGGACGCUGA